UUUUCUUUUCCUUCGUUUCCAUAACUUCCAGAAUUGUGGAGACGCUUCUCGAAUCCUUCACACACGCGUUACUGAAACUAUAUAUCUGAAUCCUUCCUACAUUCCCUGUUCAUUAAAUUUCUUACUAUAAUUCUACAAGGUUGCUUGGUUUCUUGUUUCUCUCUAAUCGUUCAAAUGGCUAAAGAAGGACCCAACUGGGAUGGGUUACUCAAAUGGAGCAUUGCAAACUCCGACGGAACUGCCCCCACUAGCAAUUUGAGUGAGGAGGAUCGGAAAUGGUUUAUGGAAGCAAUGCAAGCACAGACCAUUGAUGUUGUAAAACGUAUGAAAGAGAUCACACUUGUGAUGCAAACUCCAGAAGAAGUAUUGAAAGAUCAAGGAGUCACCGCUUCAGACAUUGAAGACAUUUUGGAAGAGUUGCAAGAGCAUGUUGAGUCGAUUGACAUGGCCAAUGAUCUCCAUUCAAUUGGUGGGUUGGUUCCUCUUCUUGGUUACUUAAAGAAUUCUAAUGCUAAUAUUCGAGCAAAGGCUGCUGAUGUGGUGACCACAAUAGUCCAGAAUAAUCCUCGAAGUCAACAACUUGUUAUGGAAGCAAAUGGCUUUGAACCUCUUAUUUAUAAUUUCAGUUCAGAUCCUGAUGUGACUGUUAGAACUAAAGCGCUGGGUGCAAUAUCUUCACUAAUUCGGCACAACAAACCUGGUAUCACUGCGUUUCGCUUGGCAAAUGGUUAUGCGGCCUUGAAAGAUGCACUAACCUCUGAAAAUGUGCGAUUUCAAAGGAAAGCUCUAAACUUGAUCCAUUACCUGUUGCAUGAAAACAAUUCAGACUGCAACAUUGUGAACGAGCUUGGAUUUCCUAGAAUGUUCAUGCACCUUGCCUCAAGUGAAGAUUCAGAUGUCAGAGAAGCUGCCCUUAGGAGUCUUCUUGAGCUUGCUCGUAUUACAAAAGACCGCAGUGAGGAAGACAGUGAGAAAAUGAAGCAACUUCUUCAAGAAAGAAUAAACAAUAUCAGUUUAAUGUCAGCUGAGGACCUUGGUGUAGUGAGGGAGGAGAGACAGCUUGUGGAUUCCCUGUGGACCUCUUGCUUCAACGAGCCAUCUUCUCUUCGAGAGAAAGGUCUGCUUGUGCUUCCUGGGGAAGACAACCCCCCUCCAGAUGUUGCAAGCAAAUAUUUUGAGUCUCCUCUUCGAUCUUCAACUGUGAACCCAUCUUCCAAUAAUGACUCUAAAAAGGGAAAGAGAGAGACCCCUUUGCUUCUAGGGUCAGGUCCUUCAUCUGCAGACAGCAACAAUCCAGUUAGUUCCAAUAGAGAAGCAGAUGCUAGGUCACGGACAGAUGCUAGAUGAUGAAAUGAACUCUUAAAUGUGUUUGUUCUGGAUUUUUAUCCCAUGCUUUCUAUAUAUCUUUAACACACAAUAGUAAUUUCUUUCUUCAACA